AUGGCCGCCAACGGCGAUCUCCUUUCUCGGUGGGACGAAUCGAGGCAGCUUGGCCAACUCUUUAUGAUGGGCUUUGAUGGCACAUCUGUUACCGAUCAAGUCAAGAUCUUAAUUGAGAAGUAUCACGUAGGCUCGAUACUUCUCAAGGCUCAAAACCUCAAAUCUGCCGAGCAAGCCACACAACUUGUCCUUGACCUUCAAACUGUAGCCCACCAGGCUGGUCAUCCUGUUCCGCUUCUUAUUGCUAUCGACCAGGAAAAUGGCGGCGUUAAUAGCCUUUUCGAUGAAGUCUAUAUCCGCCAAUUUCCCAGCGCCAUGGCUCUCGCCGCCACAGGCUCCAAGAAACUGGCAAAGGACAUUGCUCGAGCGACUGCCCAAGAGUUGAAUUCAUGUGGCAUCAAUUGGAUUUUGGGUCCCGUGCUCGACGUUCUGACCAAUGCCAGAAAUCAGCCUCUCGGAGUGAGAUCUGUAGGUGAUGAUCCUCAUGAAGUUUCCGCCUAUGGGGUUGAAUGUAUCAAAGGGUACCAAGAAGGUGGAGUUGCAACCUGUGGCAAACAUUUCCCGUCCUACGGCAAUCUCGAAUUCUUCGGUGUACCUGACGAUGUGCCCACCAUCACCGACUCUCUCGAGAACCUGAGCCAAAAUGCUCUAGUUCCCUUUCGUACCGCGAUUGCCCGAGGUAUUGACUCAAUGAUGGUAGGUGGCGUCGCCAUGGCGUCGUCUCAGGUCAAUGUCAUGCACGCUUGUCUCUCGGAGCAAAUUGUCAGAGAUCUGCUGCGGCACGAAAUGCGAUUUGAGGGUGUCGUUGUUUCCGAGUGCCUAGAAAUGGAAGCUUUAAGCCGCAAUAUUGGUAUCAGUGGUGGCACGGUCAUGGCUUUCAAGGCGGGCUGUGACUUGAUCCUGACGUGCAGAACCUUAUCAGUCCAAGAAGACGCGAUAAAUGGCCUGAAGGCUGGCCUGGACAAUGGAAUGAUUGAACGAUUUCGAGUACAAGAGUCGGUGCAGAGGAUCCUCAAUAUGAAGGCAAAUUACACAUCCUGGGAGAAGGCCUUUUCGCCGGCGGGAAUCGACAAUCUUGCCCGAUUACAACCUCUUCAUACAAGCCUCUCUACGACUGCCUACAACAAGUCCAUCACCGUCGUACGAGACCAGAAUCAUUAUUUGCCGAUAUCCAGAGUUCUGAAGGCCGAAGAGGAGCUUCUUUUGUUGACUCCUUUGGUCAAACCGUUACCAGCAUCUGCGCUGUUCCAGCAAUUGCAAAGUGAAAUGACAUCGUCCGCACCUUAUGCGCGAAACUCUAGCCUUGAUGCCAAUGCGUCCAUCAUGAGUGGGGAGCAGGUCUUUCGAGAAUUCGGAAGGUCUUUGGCGAGAUAUCGGAAUGGGAAAAUCUCUCACACUUCAUACACAGCAAAUGGGGUCAGGCCGCUCCAUGAAAAUUUGUUGAAUCGAGCGCAAGGCGUGGUUGUCAUUACCGCUGACGCAGGCCGAAAUAUGUAUCAAAAUGCCUUUGCGAAACAUAUAUCCAUGCUGUGCAAGUUGGCCGUUGGAUCUGAUGGCAGACUUAAAGAAAAGCCUUGCGUCGUGGUUGCCGUCAGUUCUCCUUUUGAUUUCGCCGCUGAUUCAUCGAUCGGCACCUACGUGUGCACAUAUGAUUUUACUCAGACCGCCCUUCAAGCUUUGGUUCAUGUGCUCUAUGGUGAACUUAGCCCUGCUGGGGUCCUGCCGGGCUCAUUCAGCCAAAAGCCCCAGACCAGCCAGACGCGGCAGCAGUGGCUCGUCGAGGGUUUCAGCGAGGAACGAGAUUCCGCGGCAUUGGACGUUUUGCUCGUUCAAUGUCAGAACGAGCCUUCUGUGCUCGCAGGGACGCUCAAAAAUGCGGUCACGGGUACUUUCCUCCUUCACGAUCCUGAGGUGGAAGAGGCCCAUUUCGUGGUCAGAAACAGCAGCACCAAAGAGUUGUUUGGAUUCUGUACCACCUAUUAUUUUAAGACCAGUGGCGUAGGCCACAUCGGGACCAUCAUCGUCGACCCAGCACGGCGGCGAUUGUCCAUUGGUCAUUCUUUGCAUGAUCGUGCCGUCAGGGCGCUUCUGCAGAAGAAGGGGAUCACCAAGUUCCAACUGGGCGUGAGAUUCCCAAAUGUCUACUUAGGCAUCCCUAAGCUCGACCCGGUCGAAUACAAAAGACUUCGUCAGUGGUUUGCCAAAUUGGGCUGGAAUGUAUCAAUCUCCACGCCCGUGGCAAAAAUGAUGAUUCGUGACCUGACAACCUGGUCCCCUCCGGAGGGCCUGGGGCAAGCACUGACGAACCCUGAGGUCAAAUAUGAUCUCGUUUACGGCUCAGAGUAUGUGGAUGUAACGAUGGAGCAUCUCAAGAGGUGUGCGCGAACAGAUGUUCAAGGCAUCUAUCAAAUAGCCUUGGGCAACAAAGAAGGCUGCGGUAUUAUUCGAGCUAAACGAGCAUCAGAUCAAUCCAUCCUGGCAAGCAUCUUAAUUUGUCGACCCGGGUCAAAGAUUGCUCGAUUUAUUCCAUCACUGUACAAACAAACAGGAAUGGCAUGUAUAUCUUCCCCGGUGAUAUCGACCCUGUUCAGCGACCAGGUCUCUCUUUUCCAAGGACUUGUAUUGUUGGGAAUACGUCAGUUUAAGAAACUAGGGCUACAGACGGUGCUUCUGGAUUAUAUUCGAGAAGACGUGACUAUUAAUGCUUUGAAGGCCUUGGGCUUCGCUAUCACACAUAGCUUCGACGAAAUCUCGAGCGAUCCGGUUCACUGGACGAUGAUGUCGGCACCGUGA